UGACUUCUGAUCUGCAGCAAAAAUGAAAUUCGACAAUGUACUUUCUGAAAUUAAUGGAUUUGGAAAAUUUCAAGUGAAGCUCUUUUUGAUCCAGAUGCUCUCCCGAAUCACUCUACCAUGUCAUUUCUUGCUGAACAACUUCAUGGCAGCAGUGCCCCCUCACCACUGCAACAUCAGCUCCCUGGAAGAUGGAGGCGUCUUUGGAAAUCUGACUCUACACCAGAAGCUGUUGGUUUCCAUUCCUACAAAGCGAGAUGGGACUCCCAGUUCAUGUCAGAUGUUUGCACAGCCCCAGUAUGAGUAUUUAUCAGGCUGGAACAACAGCAAGGAGGCAUCCUUCGUAAGAUGCCAGAAUGGAUGGGUGUAUGACAACAGCACCUUUAAAGCUACUCUAGUAACAGAGUGGGAUCUUGUCUGCAGCAGAAAAGGGAUGAAUACGGCCACAGCUACAAUUUUCUUUAUCGGUGUCAUGAUUGGAGCCCCAAUAUUUGGGUUUCUCAGUGACAGGUUUGGACGACGAAGGCUGCUCCUGGUGUCUUACAUAUCCUCGUUGACAUUUGCGAUUCUGAGCGCUUUCUCCUCGUCAUACAUAAUGUUCGUCAUUAUGAGAUUCUUUACAGGCAUGUGCCUAUCAGGGAUAAGCAUCAUCUCCAUAGCUUUAAAUGUUGAAUGGUGCAGCAUUGAGCGCAGGACUUUCUCCUGUGUAAUCAUUAGCCUUGACUGGUCACUCGGGAACUGGCUUUUAGCAGGGAUUGCUUUCUUUGUGAGGGACUGGAGGAUGCUCAUAGUGGUUGUUACUUCACCACUUAUUCUGGCCAUCUUUUGUUGGAGGUGGCUUCCAGAGUCUGCUAGGUGGCUUGUGGCAAAGGGGAAAGCUGAAGAUGCACAUCAUUACAUUAUGGAGUGUGCUGAGAUGAACGGGAGAUCCAAGUGUAUCACUGCCAUCACACCCAACGCAUUACUGGAAUCUGUGGAAGCUAAAACAGGAGAUAAGAAAUACACUAUUGUAGAUCUUUUCAGGACCCGAAACAUAAGAAAACUUGCAAUAUGCUCUGGGAUUGUAUGGUAUGGAGUAGCGUUUACAUAUUAUGGGAUAAGUCUAAACAUUACAGGCUUUGGCCUAAAUCCUUUCCUCACACAAUUCAUCUUUGCUUCAAUCGAAGUGCCGAUGAAGAUAGGUGUCUAUUUCUUCCUAGAGAAAUUUGGUAGAAGGUACUGUGAGAUGGGAGCUCUAGUGUCUACUGGUGUCUGUCUAUUCAUCAAUAUUUUUAUUUCAACGGAUAAAUGGGUUGCUCGUACCAUUGUGGGGGUCCUUGGAAAGUCUUUGUCAGAGGCGUCGUUCACAAUAAUAUUCCUUUACACAACGGAACUCUAUCCAACUGUAGUGCGGCAGAACGGUCUUGGCUUCACCUCAUUUAUGGCACGGCUCGGGGUCUCCAUUUCCCCACUCAUUAUGCUGUUGGAAGACGUGUGGCAGAUCCUCCCUGCUGCUACAUACUGCGCUGUGGCGGUUGGCUGUGGUUUAGUCACUUUACUCCUGCCUGAAACAUUAAACACCCAGCUGCCAGAGUUCAUCGAAGACAUUGAGAAACCCAGCUGUGGAACACUAGAUCAGCUUCAGACCCUCUGCAGGGAGCUGGAGGGGUCAUGGGACGUUUCCCGGCUGGUCCACUUGUGUUUUGUGGAUCUGGAGAAGGCAUCUGACUGUGUACCCCAUGGAGGUGUUUCAGGCACAUCCCACCAGGAGGAAGCCCAGGGGAAGACCCAGAACACUAUGGAGGGACUAUGUCUCUCGGUAGGCCUGGGCUUGAGCUUUAUCCAGGGAGCUGGAGGAGGUAAAUGGGGAGAGGGAAGUCUGGGAGUCCCUGGGACUGCCACAACUGUGAUCCGGUCCUGGAUGUCAGGUGGGUUCCUGAGUCAGAUGGCUGAUGAGUAA